AUGUCGGGCGGCCAGGGCUCCGCGCGCCGGCCGCCGCGCUCGGGCGGAGGCGGAGGCGGCGGGGGCACCUUGCCCGCGAGCGGCUUCACCUACGUCGGCAACAGGCAGCCGCUGACGCUCAACAACGGGGCGCCGGCGCCGCACCUCAACAACGGCUCGCUUCGCUCGUUGCCCGACAAGGGGAAGCGCAACGGGACGGCGUGCCGGUCGGACGACUUCAAGCGAAACCUCGACGCGCGUUACUCGCGCAAGCAGGAUAACGGCUACCCGCGGGCCUCCGAAACGGUGCCGGGGCUGGGCCGAGGGCCGGAUCGAGACGCCGACUACGGCGAGCCCGAGUACUCCGUCAUCGCCGAGAGCUUCGCACGAGACGACUACUGCUCGCACUCGAACACCUUCAACUGUUGAGGCGCCCGCUCCGAACCUUUCGACUUUGUGAUUUUGAAAUUCUAGCAAUAAUUCUUCAUUCCGUUAAGUUUUCUGGGAACGUCCCGAGACGUUUCGUCGAGAGAGUACCUUAUUUGUAAAUUAUUUAAUAUAAUAAUUAAGUUAACGAGUAGCGAUGGAUCUAUUUUUCAAUGGAAAGUUAGCAGAAAGCCGAAAGUGAAACUUUCGGCCGCGAGCCGGUUUCGUAUCGUUCGUAAUUAUAAGAUUAGGUCUGUACAUAAAACUAAAUUCUUCGAUAGAGCAAUAGUUAUCCAGCGUGAAGCAAUAACGCACGAGCCGACGAUACGGAGCCUCCGGGCGUACAAUUGACUAGUCGUUACAAGUAUAGUGAGGGGGUCGCGUUGCGAUCUGCGGCGGCUGCCGAGCGGCGCGACGGUAGCUCGCGGAAACUCGUUUUGUACAAAAGCCAUUCCAUUAAGCGGUCGCUCUCGAAGGCACGCGUCGGAGACCGAGACUCCUUCCCGUCUCCGAGGCGCGUCUCCGAGUGCGUCUUUCGUCUUAUCAAUUGAUUCAUAGACGAGGUGAGUGUGCGUCGAGACACCAAUGCGUAAGAGAAUAUUAGCUAGCUUUAACGAUUAACGAAUGUAAAUAUAUUUAUACUACAUUGAGAUAUUUAUAAAGUUCAAUAAGGUCCCGUUCUAAAAGAUGACAAAACUGUUUCUCGUCUCGUGAUGACCGAUGACGUCGUCUCGCUCUUGUAAUACUUUGUAUGUUAAACGCGUUAUGUGUACCUACACUGCGCUCUGUAGAUAUGAAGCACUCAUUUUCUAAUAAUAUCACACGUUUUUACGCUCAAUCAUAUUAAAAAUUAAUUUUUAUAGUUAAGAAAUUGUAUAAAAUUUUGCCUUUGAUAGACCAUUGUAAUCGUAACAAAUUCCAAUAAAAGUCAUUUCUCUCAAUGAUCGGGCUUCGGUGCGAGAGAGACAAUACUUCGAAAAGCGUAUCUUGUCCCUCAUAAUAUUUAUUAUCGAUCUUAGUUACUCACACAAUUAUUUCUGCACUAAACUAA